AAAUGACAUAUAUAUUAAUGAAAUGGACGUUGAUUUCAGAAUAAUAUUUUGACAAGAUGCGUAAGCAGCGUGAUCGACUGUCUUCGCGCUCCCGGUCAAGGACCAGGCAAAGGCGCGUAAGACGGACACGUUCGAGAUCCGAGAGGCAACAUCGCGGGCGGUCGGGGCGUUCGCAGUCCGAACGUUCACAGCCGAAUCGAUGCCUGAGGACGCCUUCGCGGUCGGAGCGACGCCGUGGCAAGCGGACACCGUCGGAGCGAAGCCGGCGCGAGCAGUUGCGGUCGGAGCAACGCCGUGAAGAAAGAACGCUGACGGAACAAAGGCGAUGCGAGCUGUCGCAGUCACGUCGAAGUCGACGCGAGCGGUCGCACUCACAUCGGAGUCAGCGCAAGCGGUCGCUGUCUGAGCGGCGCGGGAGCGAGAAUAAGCGCGACAGAGCUUCCAGAUCAACAACGCGGCGGCGUUCGCAUGCAAACCGAAAAAGGUAUUCAAGUCGGUCGAGAAGUCGUGCUUCACGUAUGACAAACAAAUAUAAGAGUAUUGACCGUAGUGUAACACGAUCUAGAUCGCGAGUACGAUGUUCUCGAUCGACUGAACGCUCAAUAUUGAAGUCACGCAGCACGAGACGUACUGCGUCACGUCGAUUUAAUUAUUCAAGAUCUGUUUUAUAUUCGCGUGGUAGAAGUUACUCUAGAUGUGCACGUAAUAGUAAUCAAGGCCAUCACAAGCGUUCUGAAUGUAACAUGCAAAAUAAUCGUUCAUCUCCUAUGCCUCAAAUUGAAUAUACUUCACGGGUGCCAAGUCCUGUUCCAGAGAACAACGCACAUUUAGGUAAAAUUGAUACAAGUUUAAAUGAAAGUAAAGAGGUUGCAGCUACUGGAACGGGAUCAAUGGCAGCCGUGUCGGCUAAUGAGAUGGAGCAAUGUUCUUCUUUGACAAACAACCAGUUAUUAGAAACCCUUAAUAAAACACUGCAAACUAUGACAACUGUCGCAUCUAUGUCACAUUCUAAAGGAAAAUUUACUAAUCUGAACGUUGUACCAGAGUUUGACCCAAAUGUAAAGCACCAAACCAUUAUUAACUGGCUCAAUAAAGUUAAAGAAUGUGCAGAGAUAUACGGUUGGAAUAGUCAACAAACUGCACAUUACGCUCUCCCAAAACUUACUGGUACUGCAAAACGAUGGUACGAAGGGCAACCAACGGUUUUACAUUCAUGGGAAAUUUGGGAAGAGAAAUUGAAAUUAGCUUUUCCGUGUAAUGAAAAUUAUGGACACUUAAUAAAUGAGAUGAUGAACAUAACGGCUAAGUUUGGUGAUAAUUUAGAGGAAUAUUUUUAUGAGAAAUUAAAUGCGCUUAAUCGUUGUCCAAUUGCAAAUAGAAAUGCCGUAGAUUGUAUUGUUUAUGGUAUAGAGGACAGGUUGAUUAUUUGGGCUUUGAAGUUUCAGGAGAGGGUAUUAGGCCUGGCUCUAGAAAGUCAGAAGCCGUUUCAAAUUUCCCUACUCCUAAAGAUGUUCACAACGUAA